GCACCUGUGUGCAAGUUCAUGAGCGACUUUUGCGCCAGAGUUGCAGCAUGUUUCCCGCUCGGCGUUCUGAGUCCAAUCAUAUUUCCUUGGUUUUUGCCUAAUGCGUUGAACACUUCUGGAGGACAUUUGUUUUUUCCGCAUCUAAUGUAAGAUCCCAGCUGUCUUUGGAAUGAUGUGGACCUUACAUGACAGUAUUGGAUUUGUGCUCUUUUCCUGUUUGUCCUUUCAAAUUGGAUUGUCUCUUGACGGAAAGUUUACCGAUUUACCUUCUAACAUCACUGCCAGGGAAGGGCAGAACAUUGAAAUGGCAUGUGCCUUUCAAAGUGGGAUGUCCUCGGUAUACUUAGAGAUCCAGUGGUGGUUUAUUCGUGCUCCGGAGGAACCGAUUACAAGCGAGGAGGAUGAGGAUGAUACAGAGAUGGAGCUGAUUCCAGAGCCAGACCCUGAUGAAGAAGGAACCAAAAUAAGUACAGUCAAAGUCCAAGGCAAUGACAUCUCCCACAAGCUGCAGAUCUCUCGGGUGAGCAAGAAUGAUGAGGGCCUGUACGAAUGUCGCGUCACAGACGCCAACUACGGAGAACUCAAGGAGUACAAGGCUCAAGCCUACCUGAAAGUCAACGUCACUAUCCGACCCCGCAAUCGGGCCAUCAAGAAGACCUCGCCACUGCACUUGACCGAUAAGAAGCCCCGCAAGAGCAGCUCAGCUCUGGAACAGGACAGCAACGGCAUGAGUUCGGACCAGAGAUCCGAGUCAUCUUCUACCUCUCAGACAUCACAAUCCAAAACAAUCAAACACAGCACAGGGUCAGGUACAAGGAUAGCCACAAGUAAUGGACUUGCUAUUUUUCUCCUCACAUCUGGCCUCAUGAAGGGAGCAUGGCUAUAGUUCCAAGACAGUGACUCUUUUUUUUCCCCCAGAGUCACUCAUAUUUCAGAGCCAAGAGAAAAUUGUUUGCUUUUUGGAUGGAGCGGACAGCACAGUUGUCCCAUAUUCCAAAACAAUACACAGCACCCAAUGUAGUCUAAUGAUCAUCACUAGAAGCACCUUCGUUUCAAAAGCCUAGGGAAACUGCCAUACUGGACACGUGCUUAGCGCUUCAAAUCAAACAAAAGACAAAAAUGGACACAGACU